CCUCACUGAAACAACAUAUUGUAGUUUAUUACCUGCCCUUUGUACUUGUGUGUCAUUUCCAGGGACUUGGUGAAACUUGUGCUCUGCGUGCCGCAGUGAAAUUUGGCAUAAGGAUUGGGAUGAACCUGAACCCAUGGUGGAACUAGUGCUGAGGACCUGAAUUUUGGGAUGAAGAAUAACAAUAAUGCAGAAUGUGUCUGCAGGGAAGGGUCAGAACAUGGACCAGGGAACCCAGCAAUGGGACAAGAAGCAGCAGGCAGAAACUGAUGACAAGAAAUUCCACCUGAAUAUGAGAAAAACUUUGCUGCACACUGACGGAGCACUGCAACAGACUGCAAUCCCUCACUGGAGAUAAUCCAGAACUGUGUGGACACAAUCCUGUGCCGUGUGCUCUGGGAUGGCCCUGCUGGAGCAGGGACGUGGGACUCGCGGCCCACUGAGCUCCAUUCAAACCUCGCUCGCUUUGGGGUUAUGUGGCUGCCCAGGGAGCCGGGCAGGGUGGCGAAGUCCCUGUCCCUGCAGGUGUUUAAGGAGCGACAGUGGACAAGGCGGUGAUCUGUCAAAGGCUGGGCUCAAUGACCUGGGAAGUCUCUUCCGUUCUAAAGGAUUGGGUGACUCCGUGGACCGCAGUAACCGCCGCCGAGGAGCGCCUGCCGGGCCCCGAUAAAGCCGCGGCCGCUGGGUCUCGAGCACCUCCUCAGCCGCCGCCACCGCCUCCUCGGGCCCGCCCGGCCCGGCCCGGCCGCCGCCUCCCGCCCCUCGCUCCGCCCCGGCCGCGGCCCGACCCAGCGGGAGGAAGAUGGCGGCGCUCAUCCCCCUCAGCCAGCAGUUUUCUACUGGGAAUCCAAUAUAUGAAACAUAUUACAAACAGGUAGAUCCAACGUACACAGGGAGAGUUGGGGCAAGUGAAGCUGCUCUGUUUCUUAAAAAAUCUGGUCUCUCUGAUAUCAUCCUUGGAAAAAUAUGGGAUUUGGCUGACCCAGAGGGUAAAGGAUACUUAGAUAAACAGGGUUUCUACGUCGCCUUGCGCCUCGUCGCGUGCGCACAGAACGGCCACGACGUCAACCUGAGCAGUCUGAAUUUGACUCUGCCCCCUCCUAAAUUUCAUGACACUAGCAGUCCUUUACUGAUCACACCACCCUCAACAGAGACCCACUGGGCUGUUAGGGUGGAAGAAAAAGCAAAGUUUGAUGGUAUUUUUGAAAGCCUUUUGCCAGUAAAUGGUUUACUUUCAGGAGACAAAGUAAAACCAGUACUGAUGAAUUCAAAGCUACCUCUUGAUAUCCUUGGAAGGGUCUGGGAUCUCAGUGAUAUUGAUAAAGAUGGGCACCUGGACAAGGAUGAAUUUGCUGUGGCAAUGCAUUUGGUUUAUAGAGCUCUUGAGAAAGAGUCAGUUCCUUCACAAUUGCCCCCUUCUCUCAUACCACCUUCUAAAAGAAAGAAGCCAUCAGUGUUUCCUGGUGCAGUCCCUGUUCUGCCUGCAAGUCCUCCCCCCAAAGACAGCCUCCGUUCCACCCCAUCCCAUGGCAGUGGCACCAGCCUGAACAGCAUAGGGAGCUUGUCUCCCAAGCACAGCAUCAAACCAGCACAGCCAGCUGUUAAUUGGGUGGUACCAGUGUCUGAAAAAGUUCGAUACGAUGAAAUUUUCCUAAAAACAGACACAGACAUGGAUGGGUUUGUGAGUGGCCAAGAAGUAAAGGACAUUUUUAUGCAUUCAGGUCUAUCUCAGAAUCUCCUAGCACAUAUAUGGUCUUUGGCAGACACGAGACAGAUGGGAAAGCUCAGCAAAGACCAGUUUGCACUUGCCAUGUAUCUCAUUCAGCAGAAGGUCAGCAAAGGGAUUGAUCCUCCACAAGUGUUAACUCCAGAUAUGAUCCCUCCCUCAGACAGGAACACACCCAUCCAGACUCUGUCAGGUUACUUGACCCCUGUAGGAACUGAGAUCUCAGCACUAACAGAAAUGCGGCGUGACAGUGCAAGUUCUGUUGGAUCAGGAGAAUUUACAGGGGUGAAGGAGCUGGAUGAUAUCAGCCAAGAGAUUGCACAGCUGCAGAGAGAAAAAUACUCUCUGGAGCAGGACAUUAGGGAAAAGGAAGAAUCAAUCAGACAGAAAACCAAUGAAGUUCAGGAGCUGCAAAAUGAUUUAGAUAGGGAAACAAGUAACUUGCAAGAGCUGGAGGCUCAAAAACAAGAUGCCCAAGACCGCCUGGAUGAGAUGGACCAGCAGAAAGCCAAACUGAAAGAUAUGCUGAAUGAUGUGAGGCAGAAAUGCCAGGAAGAAACACAGGUGAUUUCAUCACUAAAAAUGCAGAUUCAGUCUCAGGAAUCAGAUUUAAAAUUACAGGAAGAUGACCUUAACAGAGCAAAAGCAGAACUGAAUCGCCUGCAGCAAGAAGAGACUCAGCUGGAGCAGAGCAUCCAGGCUGGAAAAGUGCAGCUUGAAACAAUAAUCAAAUCUUUAAAAUCAACCCAGGAAGAAAUAAACCAGGCAAGAAGUAAACUCUCUCAGCUGCAAGAGAGCCACCAGGAAAUGAAUAAGAGCAUUGAAGAAUACAAUGAAGCUCUCAAUGGGAUUCAUGGUGGGAGUCUGACAAAUUUAGCAGACAUGAGUGAAGGCCUUGGGCAGACAGAGAGAAGCAGUUAUGGAGCUGUGGAUGAUCCAUUUAAGAAUAAAGCCUUGAUGUUUACCAAUAAUACACAAGAAUUGCAUACAGACCCAUUCCAGUCAGAAGAUCCUUUCAAAUCUGACCCAUUUAAGGGAGCAGACCCCUUCAAAGGCAGUGACCCAUUCCAGCACGACCCUUUUGCAGAGCAGCCACCUGCUCCAGCAGAUCCCUUUGGAGGAGAUCCAUUCAAGGAAAGUGACCCAUUUCGUAGCUCUGCCCCUGAGGAUUUCUUCAAGAAACAGGUGAAGAGUGACCCAUUUACCUCAGAUCCAUUCACAAAAACCCCCACUUUACCCUCAAAGCCUGACCCUUUUGAAAGCACUGAUCCUUUUACGUCUUCCAGUAUCUCUUCAAAAGGUCCAGAUCCAUUUGGAACACUGGAUCCAUUUGGAAGUGGUGCUUUCAGUGGUGGUGAGGGAUUUGCAGACUUCAGUCAGAUGUCAAAGUCAGUACCUUCAGACCCCUUUGCCUCCUCUUUUGGAGGGGCAGGAUUCACAGAUGACCCUUUCAAAAGCAAAUCAGACACACCAGCAUUACCACCCAAGAAAAAUGUCCCUCCACGACCCAAGCCACCCAGUGGUAAAAGUACUCCUGUAAGCCACCUUGGGUCUGCAGAUUUUCCCAAGCCCCAUGAUCCAUUCCAGCCAUUUGGGGCUGACAGCAGUGACCUGUUUCAAAGUAAAAAGGGGUUUGGGGACCCAUUUAGUGGAAAAGAUCCAUUUGCUCCCUCCUCUUCAAGUAAAACUUCUAAAGACUCUUCCUUGGGGUUUGCAGACUUCAGCUCUUUUGGAAAUGAGGAGCAGCAGCUGGCCUGGGCGAAGAGAGAGAGUGAGAAAGCAGAGCAGGAAAGACUGGCUCGGUUGAGGAGACAAGAACAAGAAGACCUUGAGUUGGCCAUUGCACUCAGUAAGGCUGACAUGCCAAACUCUUAAAGAGGGUCUUGGCCUCCACCUUGUUCAAGAGAAACCUUGGAACAAAGCUUUUAUAAAAAAUACUAAACCCUUGGUUUAUAUUUGUGAACAUAAUUUAAGUCACCCUCAGAUUUAAACAGGACUGGCUGGUUGUGGCUCUGACCAGGCUCUGUGUGGCUUCUCAAGUGCAUAACCUGCAGGAAUCACUGUAUAAGCUGUAUUAUAUGUUCUAGAUAAAAAAAUUUAUUGCUUGUAAGAAAUUUAAUGUGUAAUCCUAAGGUACUGAAAGUUUCUUUAUCUGAAACACAAAUGUUGCAUAGAGUAAACUGCAGCUUGUGAAUCCGUUUUUUUUUUUUUAUAACCUGAAUUCCACGGGGUCUUUGAGGCUGCAGUAUGGAUUUAAAAGAAAAUGUCAUAAAAAGAGAAUAUUUAUAGAAUUAGCUUUCACUUGUUACAUUUAUUUAAUAAUUCAUGGUAGGCUAAUCAGUACUUCUGCAUCAGCUAUGUCAAAGCAUAAAUCCAUUGGUAUUUUUAUCCAGAAGUUGUGGCUUUUGCAAAAGAAUCUGACAAUUUAUAUAUGAUGGAUACAGUGAACUCUGUAAAACAGUACAAAUUUGAAGACUCUAGAAAUUAGUGGUUCUUCUAAUUUAAACUUUUGUUUGCAUUGAGUUUUAAUAAUUGUAAACGACUAAAAGUGGGAAUUAAUUCAGUAAAUGGGAUAAAUAAUUUAGCAGUUAAAUUAUGAAGUAAAAAUUUGCUUUAGUGGAAGCAAACAGGAUUGCAAGGUGGUGAAACACAUUUGGGUGCUGCUUUAAUGUGACAUCAGGAAAUGAAGUGGUGGAAAAGUUGCCAUGUGUGAGGAGUGCUCCCCCCUAGCACUCACUGUACCCUCAUUGUACCCUCAUUGUACACUCAUGGUACACUCAUUGUACACUCAUUGUACACUGAUUGUACACUCAUUGUACCCUCAUGGUACCCUCAUUGUACCCUCAUUGUACACUCAUUGUACACUCAUUGUACCCUCAUUGUACCCUCAUUGUACACUCAUUGUACACUCAUUGUACACUCAUGGUACCCUCAUUGUACCCUCAUUGUACACUCAUUGUACCCUCAUGGUACCCUCAUUGUACCCUCAUUGUACACUCAUUGUACACUCAUUGUACACUCAUUGUACCCUCAUUGUACCCUCAUUGUACACUCAUUGUACCCUCAUGGUACACUCAUUGUACACUCAUGGUACACUGAUUGUACCCUCAUUGUACACUCAUUGUACACUCAUUGUACCCUCAUUGUACCCUCAUGGUACACUCAUUGUACCCUCAUUGUACCCUCAUUGUACCCUCAUUGUACCCUCAUUGUACCCUCAUUGUACACUCAUGGUACACUCAUUGUACCCUCAUUGUACACUCAUUGUACCCUCAUUGUACCCUCAUGGUACACUCAUUGUACACUCAUUGUACCCUCAUUGUACCCUCAUGGUACACUCAUUGUACACUCUUUGUACCCUCAUUGUACCCUCAUUGUACCCUCAUUGUACACUCAUGGUACCCUCAUUGUACACUCAUUGUACACUCAUUGUACCCUCAUUGUACACUCAUUGUACCCUCAUUGUACCCUCAUGGUACACUCAUUGUACACUCAUUGUACACUCAUUGUACCCUCAUGGUACCCUCAUUGUACCCUCAUUGUACACUCAUGGUACCCUCAUUGUACACUCAUUGUACACUCAUGGUACACUCAUUGUACACUCAUUGUACCCUCAUUGUACCCUCAUGGUACACUCAUUGUACUCACUGUACCCUCAUUUACUCCAAUCCCAGCACACAGAGUAGGUUGUGUUAGCCAGGUGACCCUCUGGGACAGUCUCUACCUCUGCUUCUUCAAUUCCACCUCUUUGGGGUUACAGAUCAAGCAGCUUUAGCUGAAAUGAAGCCAAGUUGAAUCAGAUUUUAGUUGCCAAAUACAAAUUCACACAUCAGUUCUGGCAGCACUGUCUGGGCUGGCUCUAAAAUGCAGUUUGCAGGACUCAGACCAGGUAGGAGCAGGUUUUGUAUGCACUGAAUGCUUCCACCUGGAAAACACAACACAGAAUGUGUGUGACAUGUCAUAGAAAAAAUGAGUCUGUGAAUUUAAUUUGCUUACUAGAAAUGCCUUUUCUGAUUACAGGAAUUCUAAAACUUCUGUUGUGUUUGCCUUGGACUUUUCUGUCUGGUAGAGUAGGGAUCUAGCACAGCAUUUUUAAAUGCCCUCAGUCUUUCCUGCCCUUCCUUCUCUGGGAAUACAAAAGCUUUACAUUCUGUGUCCUUACUGAUGUGGCCCUUGUCUUACAACAUUUUCUCUUUUUUUUUUUUAAAUGUGAUAUUCCUUCAUCAUCUUCAAUGCAUUUCUAUUGUUUAUGUCCUUGCUUCCUUACUUUUAUUUUCAUACCACACUGAUAGUGCCUGCUCAGUGAAUGAAAACAAUCUUCCCCUGUUCAGUUGGGAUUGCCUUAUCCUGGAUGCUUUCCUUACACAGAGGAGUCAGGCUGGAUCUUUUUUAGCAUCUUGGUAGCUUUGAGCUCUGAAAUGCAGCCAGGACGUGGCAUUUGUAGCCUCAGGCUUUUGUGGGGAGGUGGGUGGAUGGGUGGGUGUGCAGACACACUCAUCUCUUCGUGUUUGGGAUGUUACUUCCAGGAGUCACAACUCCCCUCUUGCUCUGUGUCUCCUGUGCUAAUGGUACUACAAAUAAUGUAAACCUUUUCUUCUCCUCAGAAGAAGAUUUAUUUCUAAUACCAAAACCAACCAUAUAAUGGUCUUUAAUAUUGUCCUUUAGGGAGCCCUUUGGGAUGCAACAGCAUCUAUUUCUAAUUUUGAAGAUCCCGAUUUUAGAUCCCUUCCCAUUGCAAUAAUUUUUCUCUAAUAUAUGUUUGAUUAUGUGAUCAAACACACUAAAACACAGAGAAUUCUUCUGUUGCUGUAUAGAACUUGAAAUCUCUGAGAGCUAACUUGUGUCAGUCUUUAGGUAACACGAUAAAACUUCAGCUGUGAAAGAGCAAUUUUCAAAAGCAAGUGGCUGCAAGAUUCUCAGUGCAGUUAUAGAAACUGUACCCAUGUGUAAGAUCCUCCAGGGUUCACCUGAGCUCUUGUGGUGUCUCUUCUGCUACCAUAAAAUUCAGAAAUUAAUACCAAUUCUGGAUGGGAUGGUAUCACUCCAGUGGGACAGGUGGAUUGACUGAAGAGCUCGAUGCAUUUUUGAAGUUCUGUACCAUAACAGGACUUUCUGCUGCUUUGUCAGGGCCCUAAAACACUGACUUUAUAAUGCUUCUAGGCCAAGGAGAUGAUGCUUUCAAGAUGUCCAGCAGGGAGACAGAAAUGUGAAUUAUUCCAGCAUUCUGUAUAGUGUUAGGGCUUAUUUUUGUAUUUCCUUAUUGACUCUUCCUCAUAUUUGCUUGGACAGUAACUGCAGAUCAACCAAUGAACAGGGACAGAACCCAAUAUAUUGUCUAUGCACAGUAUUAGAUUUAGGAACCUUAAAUUUACUGAAACACUCUUGAUUCAAAAUGUUGUCACUGCAGUAGAAGAAAACCUAGCUGUGAUUUCUCACUUUGCAUUUAAUACAAUUUUCCAUAUAAAAAGGAAGAUUCCCCACAUUCUUUCCCUCUGCUGUAACUCAGUGUUUGUACAAUACCUGCACUUGCUCUUUGAGGCAAAACUCUAUUGCAAGACAUUGCUCUUCUUCCUCCAGACCAGUGAAAUUUAAAGCACAAACAGGCCUGUUGCUAUUUGGGCAGAGAAAAUACAUACAAUGUAAGAUAUGGAAAAUGUGAAUACCCCCAGUGCAUAUACAGUGUACAGUGAGAUCCAUACUAUUUGUGUCUAUGUGUAUAUAUACAUAUAUAUAUAUAUAUAUAUAUAGAGUAUUGUAUAAUGUAAUCAUAGUGUGUGUAUAUACAUGUCCACAUGCUAUGUCCAGUAUAUAGUUCCUUGUGCUGUACAUAAAAUAUGUAUAUACAGUGAAUAUGUAGAAUAUGCAUCUAUAUUCUAUAUAUUAAAGCUUGUGUGUAUGUGUGAACAUACACAGAUAACCACAUAUGGAUACAGAAUUGAAUCUUUACAGAAAAUCAGGUUAGCUCAUGGCUCUGAGAGUUUCAAAGUCCUGGUUAAAAAAAAAAAAAAAGAGGAGAAAUUAUUUCUAAUCAAUUUGGAUCAAGAUUUCUUUCAUUGACAUGAAAAACUGUGUUCAUUAGCUGUGCCAGGUGUGAGAGAACCCUGGCAGAAAGUGGUAAUUAUCUGCACUGGAUGUAAUUUCACAUUCUUUGUAGUUUUUAAAGUAUCUGUUUGGAAUGUAGGCUCAGCUGCUGAUCUUGCACGUCAUCUUUCUUCUCUGGGCAGUGAGGCAGUGAGUUUUCUUCUAUUCUUGCUCAUAGUUUCCCUCUUCCCUCUUUCCUUUCUUUUCCUUUUGAAAAAAAUUAUUUGUGGGGAGCUGUUCCCAUCCACACACACCCCAAACAGUCACAGGCAAAGGUGGAAAACGUGUUUUUCUUGCUUCAUUCCAGUCAGAUUGGUUUAUGUGCAAUUAUUGCACAUAAUUGUCAUCUGGAUUCCAGUUCUGUGCUUCCUCCAUUUCCACCUGAGCUUUUACUUCAGGAGGAACAAAUAUCCAUUGCAUGUUUGGUUUAGAGGAAAGAGUGGGGGUGAUUCUUCUUUCUGCUUGGAUAAAUUAGGAGCCUCUGUGGAACCUUGAGUGGUCAGAGUUUAGCAGGGUUUUAUGGUGGCACACACGUUUUAUGUGGGGUUUAUACUACUGGAUGGACUCGUGGAAAGCCCUGGGUUGCACAGAGCACUGUGGCACAGCAGUUAAACAGGACAGACAGACAGACAGACAAUUAUUCACAUUGAACCUGCCCAUGCAGGCAGUGCACAUAGGGCACAGAUAUUGAAUUACCCCACAGAUAUUGAAUUACAUUGCCCCUCACAGAGCUGAGUGUUCACAUUUGCCUUCAGUGGUUUCCCUCAGUUACCCCCAAACCUCCCAGUCACCCUGCAAUGAAAACAGAUGCUCAUAAAAGUCAUACUUCCACAAUAAUGCUGUAAGAAAUAUUUUUAUAUAGGCAACUUUUCCUUCGUGGAACCUCUGCCCUGUGAGGGUCACGAGUCCUUCCUGUAUCUUGUUCCAUGUACUGUGCUCUCAAAGUGUAGGAAGUUCCAAGCUGUGUCUGUGCAAGCCUCUUUACUUUUGAUUCCCAUCUCUGUGAAAUCUGUUGGCACUAUUGUAGAAAUCAUUUUGUUGUCUUAUGCUCAAGGAUAGAACACUUUUUCUUGAAUUCUUCUUAUAAUCCUUUUGGGGUUACUAUUUCUUCUUUAGUGUUUCUCCAUUGAGAAGAAUAUUUGUUCUGUAGAACCGUGGCCCAAGGAGUUUUGGUCCAAGUAGAAUUGUUGCUUUCCCUUGUGUAAGAGUUUGAUUUCUCCUUUCUUCUGUAUUUUUUUUUCCUCCCUCUCAGGAAUUUCAUUUCUGCUUAAUCCUCAUUUAGAGCUGGAACUCUGUUGAUGUGAAUUGAUCUCUGUUGUUAAUUGUCUAAUUCAAUUAUCUUCCUGUACUAGUGGAACAGCCAGGUUUUUGGUUAUGUAUUUGGUUAAAUAUUGCAUCUAUGUAGACUUCACAACAACCAUCUUUUCUUAGAAAGGAAUUUGCUUGGAGUAUGAUGGAAUCAUAGAAGAUUUAUUUUUAGAGUAAAUAUGUUAACUAUAAUUCAUUGACACACCUGUUUGAUCAGUUGAUAUACUGCUCUUUUUACUUGAAAGUUUUAUAAAUAAAGGCUAAUUUGUUAUAAAAUGGAAUUUUCAUUUUUCCAACUUCUGCCUCUCCCUUUAAAUUUCAAAGGAAAGCUCCUAGUGACUGUGGUUCCUUCUGCUGUUGCAAGUGCAGAGUGCUCUUCUGGUGUCCCUUUUAAUAAAUCAUCCUUCAGUCUGAUCUGAAAAGGUGGAAACACAAAGUGGAAACUGCAGUGUUGACCUAAAUCUGACUAAUAUCUCCAAAUAUGUACAUGAUUGUGGUUAUAUUUAUCUUUCAAAUGUUAUAACAAAUUGUAAGGUAUUUUAAUUUUAACCCAUCUCAUGUGUUAUAUUGUUUAAUAUAAUAAGAGAAAUGUUAUUGUUUAAUAUAAUAAAUGAAAGUUACUUUUUGGA